CUGACACAACAGCUGGGCAAGGUCUGCGUGACCAAGCAGCUGGACAAGGUUUACGUGACCAAACAGCUGGACAAGGUCUACGUGACCACAGAUGCGUUGAACGAGGUCCACGUGGCCACAGGAGUGCAAGACGAGGUCUACGUGACCACAGAGCAGAAGGACGAGGUUCACGUGACCACCGGGCAGAAGGACGAGGUUUAUGUGACCACAGAGCUGAAAGACGAGGUCUACGUGACCACCGACGAGCAGUACGAGGACGAGGUGUACGUUACCACAGACAGGGAGUACGAUGUCUACGUGACCACAGAAAAGGAAUACGAGGUCUACGUGACCACGGACAAGGAGUACGAGGUCUACGUGACCACAUGCAAGCAGGACGGGGUCAAUGUGACCAUGACGGAGCCUGGUGCGGAGUGGCAGGGCAUCGGGCCGAAACCACCAACGUUCGACGGCCAAGAGGAGACGUGGACGGAAUGGACUUUCGUGAUGAGGGCGUACUUGGGAG